GGGAGACCGGAUAUAGGGAAUGCAGGGUCCGGGGAGACCAGAUAUAGGGAAUGCAGGGUCCGGAGAGACCGGAUGCAGAUAUAGUGCAUGCAGGGUCCAGGGAGACCGAUAUAGUGAAUGCAGGGUCAGUGGGGAUACCAGAUAUAGUGAAUGCAGGGUCCAGGGGAGACUAGAUAUAGUGCAUGCAGGGUCUGGGGAGACUAAAUAUAGUGAAUGCAGGGUCCAGGGAGACCAGAUAUAGUGAAUGCAGGGUCCGGGGAGACCAGAUAUAGUGAAUGCAGGGUCCGGGGAAACCAGAUAUAGUGAAUGCAGGGUCCGGGGAAACCAGAUAUAGUGAAUGCAGGGUCCGGGGAGAGCGGAUAUAGUGAAUGCAGGGCCCGGGGAGACCAGAUAUAGUGAAUGCAGGGUCCAGGGAGACCAGAUAUAGUAAAUGCAGGGUCCGGGGAGAACUGUGCGUUCAGUGGUGGACUUCUGCGGUGAACAAAAUACAAAUAAAGC